GUGGGGAGCUUGAGGCUCCGGAAGACUCGCAGGGGCAGACAGCGCCCGACUUAACACUUUCCCAUGACUUUUUUCUCUAAGGACUUUGGCCCGGCCUUUCUCCUUUGUAAAAUGAGCACACUGGUCCUCUGCCAGCCACUUUAUGGUAGCGCUGAGACCUCCAAGGCACUUUAGUCCUGGGCUUUUCAGACCUUCAGAUAAGAAAGAAAUGCUAAAGGUCCAUUUCCUCAGGGAGAAGGGCCAGAAGGGAUUUUUGAUCCACUGAUAACUUCUUCCAGAACAGCCAUCAUAUCCAACCUCUUAUCUAUCAUUAAAUUGUUUCAUCUUGGUGCCAUAUAAAGUGUUUUGGCUGUGAAUACGUAUACUCAGGUUCCAUCUCUCUCUGUCAGUAACUCAUUAUAUGACUUUAAACAAGCUCCUUCCCUUCCACGAGGGCCUCCGACUCCCAAUUUGGGAAUUAAGGGCAUUAGGACUCCCUUCUUUAAUGGCCUCCAGAGCGGACAUAUAAUAAUGCAUGUCACUGAGUAUACAGUAAACACUCGGAAAAUUCUCAAUCUAUUUCUGUGUGAGGAGGCUACUCCGUUGACAGUUGUGUAAAACUCGCUGCUGCUUCCCUCACCUCCUACUUCCAGUCUUCAGUAACAACAAUAUCAUCAGGGAAGCCUUUGGGGAAGAUGACCCACCUGCACGACUCAAUGGAACCGAAAGUGAUGGACGACGACAUGCUCAAGCUGGCUGUCAGGGAGCAGGGCCCCCGGGAAGAGGCCGGGCAACUGGCCAAGCAGGAGGGCAUCCUCUUCAAGGAUGUCCUGUCCCUGCAGCUGGACUUCCAGAACAUCCUCCGCAUAGACAACCUCUGGCAGUUUGAGAACCUGAGGAAGCUGCAGUUGGACAAUAACAUCAUUGAGAGGAUCGAGGGCCUGGAGAACCUCAUACACCUGGUCUGGCUGGAUCUGUCCUUCAACAACAUUGAGGCCAUCGAGGGGCUGAACACACUGGUGAACCUGGAGGACUUGAGCCUGUUCAACAACCGGAUCUCCAAGAUUGACUCUUUGGACUCCCUUGUCAAACUGCAGGUGUUGUCGCUGGGCAACAACCAGAUCAGCAACAUGAUGAACAUCAUCUACCUGCGACGAUUCAAGUGCCUGCGCACGCUCAGCCUUUCUGGGAACCCCAUCUUCGAGGCAGAGGAUUACAAGAUGUUCAUCUGUGCCUAUCUUCCUGACCUUGUGUACCUGGACUUUCGGCGCAUCAGUGACCACACGAAAGAGCUGGCGGAGGCCAAGCACCAGUUCAGCAUCGAUGAGCUGAAGCACCGGGAAUACCUGAUGCAGGCGCGGCUGGAGGACGAGCAGGCGCGGCGGGAGGAGCUGGAGAAACACAAGGCUGCAUUUGUCGAGCACCUGAAUGGCUCCUUCCUGUUUGACAGCAUGUACACAGAGGACGUGGAGGGCAAGAAGCUGUCCUACCUGCCCGGUGUCAGCGAGCUCCUCGAGGCCUACAAGGACAAAUUUGUUGUCAUUUGCCUGAACAUUUUCGAGUAUGGCCUGAAACAGUAUGAGAAGCGGAAAAUAGAGCUUGACACCUUCAAUGAAUGUAUCCAGGAGGCCAUCCAGGAAAACCAGGAGCAAGGCAAACAAAGGAUUGUCAAGUUCGAGGAGAAGUACUUGCUGAGUUUAAGUACCAUUCGAGAAGAGUCUGAGAUGCCCAACAUUGAGAAGAAGAUCAUGGAGUGUGGCGAAGACAUCACGGAGCUGUUCAGUGUGCUCAUGACGCUGGAGAUACAGCUGGUGGAGCAGCUGGAGGAGACUAUAAACUUGUUCGAAAGGAACAUCAUCGACUUGGUGGGACUCUUUAUCGAAAAUGUCCAAAGCCUGAUGGCUCAGUGCCGGGACCUGGAGAACCACCACCACGAGAAGCUCCUGGAAAUCUCCAUCAACACCCUCGAGAAGAACGUCAAGGGCGAGCUCGACGACGACUUGCCUGACGACGUGCGCUCAGGUCCCCAUAUGCCUGGCUUGUCCUCGUCAGUCAGAUCUCAGCUCAAAUAUCAGCUCAUGGGAGAGGCCUUCCCUCAUCACCUUCCUGAACAACCGCUGUCUAUCGCAUACCCCAUCUAUCAGCUUUUUGUCGACAAAGAUACGAUUAUUAAUGCUGUCGGGGCGUCACAUGACAUCCAUCUCCUGAAGAUUGACAAUCGAGAAGACGAGCUGGUGACUAGGAUCAACUCUUGGUGUGCACACUUGGUAGACAAGAUUCACAAGGAUGAGACCACGAGGAACCGUGAUCGAGUAAAGGAGAUCAGUCAGUACAUCGACCACAUGCAGAGUGAACUAGACAACCUGGAGUAUGGCGAUAUCAUAGACUAGGUGCGUGUGGGUCCCAGGGUCCCUUCAAAGCACAGCACCAGGCCCAAGCAGGAGGAGGAAGUGUACACACUUCACUGACAGCCUCAGGAGACAGUUACUGGGAAUUUCUCAACCCAGGACUCCCCUAACACCCUUCUUUACCCACCCCUGGAAAAACUUACAAAUUUGGAGAAAAAUAAAGGACCCAUGUCAUGUUUCCUA